AUGACUAUUGCUGCAUAUGCGUAUGAAACAAAUGAAGCAAGAAGAGCACAUGAACUAGUAAACGAAAACUCAACUUUAACCAUUGAAGGCAAUGAUUUAGUCAUUGACGAUGGAAAAACUAAAAAAGUCAUUGAUUUCGAUACUUUUAACACUUAUGACCCAUUCAUUACAACAAGCAAGGUUCCUAUCAUAAAUGAUGGAACGGUGCAAUAUAUAAAUUCUACAGUAGAUGCCUCAUUAGUGAAAGUACUGAAUGUUCUCAUUGAAUUGUUAAAGAGCUUUCGAUUUGACGACAACAUUAAAUGCCUAAAGAAUUUAGUCAUGAAUGAGAAACAAAUUCUCGGCGUUGCUGGUAGCAGUAAUGAUGUACACCUUAUGACAUUAGAAUAUUAUAACGAACAUAAAGAUGAACUGAAAGGAGAGAAGGGUGACACCGGACCUCAAGGACCACAAGGAAUACAAGGAAUACAAGGAAUACAAGGACCUCAAGGCGAAAACGGUUUGGAUGGAAAGGAUGGAAAGGAUGGAAAAACUGCUAAAUCAUGGAUAUGGGACCUUAUAAAUACUGGUUUAACAGCUGCUUCAUAUGGAGUUCUUCAAUACCAAAUCGGAAAGAUAUGGGCAGUACUUGGUGAAGAAGUUUUAAAUGACGUUAAAAAUGCUUUGA